UGCGAUCAUAAAAGUUACUCCUAGUCGUCAUGUACGAAGAACAUAAGUAUCUCGAAGUCAUUCCAGCUCUCCGCCACGUCGUCAUCUUCCCAAUUCUCCUCAUUGUCAAGCCCGAAUCGAAGCCCAUCGACACUAUCAAGGGAGCAGAUCGGCCCGGUGUAAUUGUUUCCGUGGCACUCGACGUCGUCUAUGGUCAACCUGAACGCUGCGAGCAUCUGUCGGAGCGUGGAACCCGGGCGUAACCCAGCGCGAUUGAGCCAUGGGCGCGCCGGGUCGAAGAGGGAGCCAUGAUUGCAAUACGCGACGACGGUGUCUAUGCGAUUGUCUUCGUUUUCUGACAGGUAGACGCCCACGUUGAUCUCGUUGGGAUCCACAGCACCUCCAUCAUAGUCUUCAGCAUCGUCGUAAUGCAAGCAGUACUUGAGGUCGAGCGCGUCGUCGGACGAAUCAUCGGCGUCCGAUGAAUCGUCCGAGUCGCGCUCAUCUCCCAUAUUGCGUACGGUGAGGCGGCCUCGCCGAUGGAACUCCUCUUCUUCUUCCAACUCAGACAUUUCUCCACUGUCCGGAUGACCGCGAGGACUGUACGCGGAGAAGUCCGCUCCAAUGGCGAGGCCCAGUGCGCCCACGCCCGGUUCGAUUCGCAGAGUCCACGCGCUUCGGUACCGUUCGAGCCAACGGUAGCCCUCGAGCCAAUCCGGCGCUCCGGCCCACGGGAACGGCCCAAAGUCCGCGAGGUACCACUGCUUCCACACAGCUUCGUUCGACAGAUAGGCCUCGCGCCAAUGCUUCGCGCAGCGCGCCAGCGGCAGCGUCGGCCGGCCGCACGCAAGACAGCACCGCGCGCACGAUCUCGGGCGGCAUUCGGUCGAGAUAUUUGCGCUGAGUGCGGGUCUUCAUCUCAGGACGACGAUGAUUCCGCAGGCGCGGGUUCCGGAGCAGGUGUCUCGAUGAUCGGCGGCGGCGGCGGCGGCGCCGGCACAGCUGCGGAGAGCGCGGCGACUUGCACAGCGGUCGUCCGCUUGAUCUCGUCGUUCAGGAGCUUCCAGGAGGCUACACUGCCUGCAGCAAAACCCAGCGCACAAGCUGAGAGGCGAGCCCCAAUGCUGGCCAUUAUUUUUGUCGUGAGUUUCACCGCUUGCUACAGCAAAUUUGGGUGUCGAAAGCACGUCUAGUAUUGGCAGGCAGGCACUGGAGGUCCAGCGCCGCGAGCAAGCUGUGCAAAGGCUUUUGGAGAGGGCAAACCCAGCCGAG